UGGCGAAGAUGCUGCAGUCCCUGGCCGGCAGCUCGUGCGUGCGCCUGGUGGAGCGGCACCGCUCGGCCUGGUGCUUCGGGUUCCUGGUUCUCGGCUAUCUGCUCUACCUGGUAUUCGGUGCCGUGGUCUUCUCCUCGGUGGAGCUGCCCUACGAGGACCUGCUGCGCCAGGAGCUGCGCAAGCUGAAGCGGCGUUUCGUGGAGGAGCACGAGUGCCUGUCGGAGCAGCAGCUCGAACAGUUCCUGGGCCGGGUACUGGAGGCCAACAACUACGGCGUGUCGGUGCGCAGCAACGCCUCGGGCAACUGGAACUGGGACUUCGCUUCCGCGCUCUUCUUCGCCAGCACCGUGCUGUCCACCACAGGUUAUGGUCACACCGUGCCCUUGUCAGACGGGGGGAAGGCCUUCUGCAUCAUCUACUCGGUCAUCGGCAUUCCCUUCACGCUCCUGUUCCUGACGGCCGUGGUCCAGCGUGUCACCGUGCACGUCACCCGCAGACCAGUCCUCUACUUCCACGUCCGCUGGGGCUUCUCCAAGCAGGUGGUGGCCAUUGUGCAUGCUGUGCUCCUCGGGCUGAUCACCGUGUCCUGCUUCUUCUUCAUCCCAGCCGCCGUAUUCUCUGUCCUGGAGGAUGACUGGAACUUCCUGGAGUCCUUUUACUUCUGCUUUAUUUCCCUGAGCACUAUUGGCUUAGGAGAUUACGUUCCUGGAGAAGGCUACAACCAAAAAUUCAGGGAGCUUUACAAGAUUGGGAUCACGUGUUACCUGCUACUUGGCCUCAUUGCCAUGUUGGUAGUUCUGGAAACCUUCUGUGAACUCCACGAGCUGAAAAAAUUCAGAAAAAUGUUCUAUGUGAAGAAGGACAAGGAUGAAGAUCAAGUGCACAUUAUAGAGCAUGACCAGCUGUCCUUCUCCUCCAUCACAGAACAAGCAGCUGGCAUGAAAGAGGAUCAGAAGCAAAACGAGCCUUUUGUGGCCACGCCAUCAUCUGCCUGUGCAGAUGGCCCAGCCAACCAUUGAGCACGGGCUUGGCUGCAUUGUCCU